AAUUCAACCCGGUGACAUUACUUUUAGGAUACUAUACAAAGAAACAAGGCCAGCGUUACAUCUUUGCCUCUCGCGAAACGCGCAACGUCAGUAAAAACGCUGGGAUGGCAAACCAAACGGAUGUUUUUAUCACGAGUUUCAGCCUGCGGUCCAACAGCUGCGACCCCUAAACAUUCAUUUUAAGGAAGCCUACAGCUCCUUUUGACAAGAAGCUUUGCUUUCUCAAUAACAUGUUGCAAACUUUAAAAAAAAAGCAGAAGUAAACUCAGAUUGUUAGCGUAUGGAGAAAUCUGCCCCAAAAGUCUGCAACUUUUACAAUAUUUGGCUGUGCUAUUAUCGAGUGGCACAGACAACCGGAGGGGUUUCCUGAAAUAACAACAACAUUUUGUGAGCUGCUGAGGUGGGGCUUUGGUCCACUCCUUUUGUUGAGCCUGCCGUCAUGGCUCGGUACCUGGGCUACUUCACCACCGUGGGCGAUGGGCAACCGGUCCAGUGGGAGGAUGACGAGCUGCACGUAAACAGUGAGGAGCUGAGUCCGGCCACUGGCCAGUUUCCAACAACGCUGACCUUCAGGGAGUCACUGCAGAGGCUCUACGGCUCAGAGCAGUUCCAGGUGUUGGUGGUGUGUCUGGUAAUCCUGGAUGCCAUCUUUGUUCUGGCAGAGCUGCUUAUCGAUCUGUCUGUGAUCCAGUUGGAACAUGACCACCUUGCUCCUGAGGUGUUCCACUACCUGAGCUUAGCUCUUCUCACAUUCUUCAUGGUGGAGCUGGUUGGUAAGCUGUACGCGUACCGCCUAGAGUUCCUUCAACACAAGUUUGAGGUGUUUGAUGGUGCGGUGGUGGUGGUUUCUUUUGUGUUGGACAUUGUGUUCAUCUUCCAUGAGGACGCCUUUGAUGGAAUGGGUCUCCUCAUCCUGCUUCGACUCUGGAGGGUGGCCAGAAUUAUCAAUGGUAUCAUGGUGUCAGUGAAAACCCGUGCAGACCAGAGGAUUCACAAGCUGAAGGAGAGCUAUGACCACCUCGUUCAAAGAGUCACAGAGCUACAGGAGUGCAGUGAUAAACUGGAACAAGAGAACCAGAAACUGCAAGCCCUCCUGCAGAAGAACAGCAUAGUCUUCUAACUCAUCGAGCUAACUCUUGUGGAGCACAUACCUCUCUGUUAUAUUAAAACUACAUACUCUAUGAACUUUUAUUUUAUACCUGAUUUCAGUAUUCCUUCUACUAAUUGACAGAUCCUUAACUGUUCCCAAGUUACCUGAAGGGAAACAAUCUUUUUUGAAUACCUGUAUCAGUGGAUCCAUAUCCAGGUUUCGCGUCAUGCGAUGGAGGUCUGCAUACCGUAUGUUUAAUGAAUGUCCAGCCUGAUAUUGCUGGAUGUCACACCAUAAAGCUACAAAGCCAUGGUCUUGAGUUAAUAGUAAAUAUUUGAAACAAAUCCUCACACUGAUGACUUGUACAUAAAACUACUGAGUGACGUUUAUGUAUGUAUGUAUGUAU